AUGGUGUUGAGGAAUGCGGCCUCCAUCUCUGAGGACGCAGUUCUCCUGAGCAAGAACAUGGCAUACUCCAUCAUUGAUGCGUCACAGGGCAGCCUGAUUCUGCCACCAUCAACGCCUGUGAAGCCGAACUCCUCUUGGGACAUCCUCAAGAGCUCGUCGAAGACGGUCGUGCCAAGGAAUGCAAGCGGCACCUCGAACCUCGCACCGUCGGUAGUGUACACGACGAAGUGA